AUGGCGCACCAGAACCGUCUCGCAAAUGCCCACGUCCUUGUCUUUGGCGGCACUUCCGGGAUCGGAUAUGCCGUUGCCAACAUGGCCCUCUCAAAUGGUGCAUUUGUAACCAUAUCUGGGUCUACCCAAGCGAAGGUCGAUACCAGAGUCGAAAUGCUGCGAUCCCUGUACCCGGACUACCCAGCCUCUAAGGUAGCAGGCUUCGCCGUUGACCUUCUCGACAAGGAGAACCUGGAAUCCAAUCUGAAGGCUAUGCUCGAUAAGGCGACCGAGGGCAGCAAGAAGAAGAUCGAUCAUAUCGCGUUCCUGGCAGGCGAUUCGGUUCAACGGCCCAAGAUUGCGGAAAUAGAUGUCAACACGCUGAUGAACGGCUGGACAGUCCGCUUUGUCGCUGCUUGUGUGCUGGCCAAACUCAUUGAGACUGGUGAUUACAUGCACAAGUCUUCCAAUAGCUCCAUCACAAUCACAGGAGGCACAACUACGCACCGUCCAAUGCCUGGCUGGACCAUAACCGCAGCACUUGGUGCAACGCUUGAAGGCCUGGCUCGCGGUCUUGCGGUAGACCUUAACCCCAUCCGCACGAACAUCGUGAAUGCCGGCGCAAUCCAUACGGAACUAUUACAAAAACUAAUAGACAGUUCUUCUCCCGAAGCUAUCGAGAAGUUCAAGAGAGGAGCUAGUCUGCUGAGAGAGUUUGGAAAACCAGAAGAUAUCGCAGAGGCGUAUGGUUGGGUCAUGAAAGACAGAUUCGCGAACGGGACAGUGGUAAACAGUGACGGCGGACGUAUGCUGGUUGGUCCAGAGUGA